ACAUUGAACUGUUUUGGGUUUAUGUUUUAGUAUUAUUUUUCUCCAAAUUCCCGUGAGGGUUUUUGUUCUAUUUUCUUCUCAACCAAACAGACACGCAACUAACCCCUCUCUCGUCCUUAAUGCUAAAUGGAAAAUCCUGGUGAAUGUUUCUCUCAAUUAGACAUAUCAAAAGAGGAAAAAGACAAGCUUGUUGCAGAAGUAAUUCGUUACAUACUAUUUAAAACGCAUCAGAACUCAGGACGUCCAAUUAAAAGGGAAGAACUCUCUCAAUUAGUCACUAAAAACUAUCGUCACUUUUCACUUCCUGCUUAUAUCAUCAACCAGGCUAAAGAAAAACUCUCCUCCAUCUUUGGUUACGAAUUGAGGGAACUUCAAAGAUCUCGCCCUUCUUCCACAAACCAGUCCUUGCUAUCUCAACAAAGUGGAAUUGAUGCCAAAUCAUAUGUUAUCAUAAGUCAGUUACCUGCUGAUGUGUAUAAGAAAUAUGUUGAGGAUGUGAAUACAUCUCAUAUGAAUGGCUUUACUUUUGUUGUGAUUAGUAUCGUGCAGCUUGCCGGAGGCAAAAUUGCGGAAGAUAACCUUUGGCAUCAUUUGAAGAGGAUGGGAUUGCAUGAAACCGAUGAAAACCACCCAAUACUUGGCAAUGUGAAGCAGUCACUGGAGAUGUUUGUCCAUCAAAGAUAUAAUGCUGAGAGAGCUCUGGAGGGAACUGUAAGUGAGAGAAUUAAGCAAUACCUAACACAGAUUGUGAAGAAAGAUGAUACCACUGGAUAUCUCGUGACAGCUUGGUGCUAGCUCUUACCAAGUAAAUAGAGGUGGAUGUUCGACUUCUUGCUCCAUGGCUGAUUCAUUAGUGAAUGAAGCUCAGUUCCUCGUUGGUUUUUUUUUUGUGCAGUAGGUUUAGGAGCCUUAGUAGUUUUUUGGGGUGCAGCUCCAAUUUCUGUUGAUUUUGUUCAUUGUUAGCUGGGCGCCAAGCUUGGUUCAAGGCAACAGUUCAAACAGGUUCAUUUUGGUUUUAGACAUUUGUGUAUACAACUGAACAAAGUGGUUAAUGGGUGGCCCAUUAUGGUUAUGGAUGGUAAUGAUGUGAGGUGAUUAUUGUGGUUAGUGAGUAGAGCCUAUUUUGGUUUAGACAUUCUGAUAUAUACGCAUAAACAUAGGGAUGUCAGUGGGACGGGUUUCACGGAACCUCCCACUUCGCACCAAAUUAGACGGGAUGGAUACAGGUUUCGAGGUAAUAAAGACAAAAACAAUCUCUCUUUUCAUUCA